AUGCGAUUUGCUACUGCCUUUGCUGUCCUUGCUGCCGUCGCUGCUACCGCCGGCGCUGCCCCCACCGGUCAGCAGGAGUCUGCCAGCCUCUCCUUCUCUGGUCCUCCUCCUUCUGGCCCUCCUCCUUCUGGCGUUCCUCCCUCCGGCGUUCCCCAGCAGAAGAGGGGUGCCUCUGGUGAAGCUCCUUCUGGACCUGCCCCCUCUGGCAACCCUCCUCCCUCUGGAUCUGGUUCUGCCGUCGCCCCGCCUCCCUCCGGCGCUGCUCAGCAGAGGCGAGGUGAUGUGAGCUCUGCUGCUCCUCCUCCCCCUCCUUCUGGCUCUGGCUCUGCCGCUGGCCCUCCUUCCGGCGCUCCUCAGCAGAAGCGACAGGACGCGCCCUCCGGCUCCGCCCCCGCUGGACCUCCUCCCUCUGGCUCUGCCCCUGCCGGCCCGCCUCCCUCUGGUGCUCCCCAGCAGAAGCGACAGGACGCUCCCUCCGGCUCUGCUCCCGCUGGCCCUCCUCCUUCUGGAUCUGCCCCCGCUGGACCUCCUUCCGGCGCUCCCUCCGGGUCCGCCCAGCAGAAGCGAGGUGACUCUGCCGCGGCCCCUCCUCCCUCUGGAUCUGGGUCCGCUCCUCCUCCUCCUUCUGGCGCCCCUUCCGGCUCUCCCCAGCAGAAGCGAGGUGAAUCUGCUGCUCCCCUUCCUCCUUCCGGAUCUGGAUCAGCUCCCCCUCCCCCUCCCUCUGGCGCUCCUUCCGGCUCUCCCCAGCAGAAGCGUCAGGAGAGCGCUGCUCCUUCCGGUGGUGCGCCUCCUUCUGGUGCUCCCCCUUCUGGCGCGCCUCCCUCUGGUACUGCGCCCGCUGGUCCUCCUCCUUCCGGUUCUCCCUCUGGCUCUGCCCAGCAAAAGCGAGGUGACUCUGCUGCGCCCCCUCCUCCCUCUGGAUCUGGGUCUGCUCCUCCCCCUCCUCCCUCUGGCGCUCCUUCCGGCUCUCCCCAGCAGAAGCGACAGGAGAGCUCUGCUCCUUCCGGUGGUGCGCCUCCUUCUGGACCUCCCCCCUCUGGCGUCCCUCCCUCCGGUGGACCUAGCCAGUCUGGCAAUGCCGCGCCCACUCCUUCCGCGGGAUCUGCUUAG